AUGGAGAGCUCCUCGCGAAAAACUACAGAUUCUAUAUUUUCCCAUGCCCAGGAAAUAAAAUACAUAGAUGAAAACAUCUCAAACCAAUCAUCCCAAGCCAGCAUUUCCCUUUCCACACCCAAUACAAACCUCACAUCCACAUCCACUUCCACAUCUUCAUCCUCACCCCCCAAACUUCUCAAAUCCUCCACAUCAGAACCAGACUCAAAAUCAACACCACAAACCCCACUAUACUCCCCCCACACCAUCUCCCAUUAUCCAUUCCCGUCAACUAGAUCCGGGAUAGCACCCAAAAUAUCAAUCACAACAAGCAUCAAUUCCAUGAUCUCGAAUCAUCAGAAUAUGAAUGUGGGACUUUCGCUUUUGACGCGAGAUUUGAUGGCCAGUCCCGUUGAGGAUUUUAUCUUGGGGAGUCCGCUGGAGGGGUUCAUGUAG